AUGACGCCUCGACCGUACUCUACCGGGCUUGGUUAUGAGUCUCCGACCGAGCAUACGGUCGACCGCACCGUGACGUCUGCCCUAGCCACGAACCAUCUGUUCCACCGGUUGAGUGAGCUGCAGCAGACCCAGCGGGGACAGAAUAUUGCCUUGGACGACUUGGUUUCCAAAGUCGAGAAAACCAGAACACCGAAGGUCGUUGGAAUCAAAGACAGAAUUGCUUGCUUCCAGUGGACGUGGUUCACGUCUACCAUGGCAACGGGAGGUGUCGCAAAUGUCCUCGCAUCCGUUCCUUUUCGGUCUCAAUGGCUUCAAAUCAUUGGAGUCAUUUUCUUCAUCUUCAAUAUCUGCCUGUUCUUUACGAACACUGCUCUUCUUCUUGCGAGGUUCCGUCUACGGCCAGGGAGUUUCAGGCACUCAUUUACUGACAAGUUUGAGUCCCUCUUUAUCCCAGCCUCUCUUGUCUCUAUCGGCACCAUACUUAUCAAUAUCUGCCAGUAUGGUGUCCCAAAGACCGGCCCCUGGCUCCUUGCCACUAUGGAGGCCUUGUUUUGGGUAUGGACAGUCGCAGCUAUUCUUCUCAGUGCCGGGAUGUACCUGAUCCUUUGGUCGACACUUAUCUUUCCUAUACACACUAUGACCCCAGUUUGGGUGUUCCCUGCAUACCCUCUCCUGCUGACAGCCCCUUUUGCGGGCAACCUCAUCAACUCGUCUGUCAAGGUUGGGCACACAAGCACUCUUAACGCCUUACCGAUAGCCAUGGCCGCCGUUGCUGUGCAGGGAAUGGGAUUUUGCUUAUCGUUUAUGAUCCUUGCCGCCUUCGUUUACAGGCUUAUGACCCAAAAGCUGCCGCGGGAUAUGCAGCGGCCGGGUGUAUUCAUAUCGAUCGGACCUAGUGGCUUCACCACGGCGGGUCUUGUCCAACUUGGUGGUUUGGCGGGCGAGAUCCUCCCAGAGGACUUCAUGAUGCCCGGUAUGACAGGCCAUGCUGUCUUUAUUCUAAAACUAUUAUCUGCUAUGAUCGGACUGUGGUUAUGGGGCCUCGCUAUGUGGUUCUUCCUGGUAUCCGUCGGUAGCUUCUGGAAAUACGCCCGGCCAGAACACGAGGCCAAGAUUGGCUUCCAGAUGACUUUCUUCUCCUUUGUGUUCCCAAACACAGCACUGGUAACCGCAACGUACCAAAUAGCAAAUGCUUUCAGUUGCAGACCCCUCCAGAUCGUUGGAUGCGUCAUGACUGGACUGCUGCUUCUUGUCUGGGCUAUAAUUUUCAUCACGAUGAUUCGUUGCAUCUGGAAACGCGAGCUCUUAUGGCCUAAGGAUGAAUAA